GCCGGGAGGCGAGGCGAGGCUGAGGCGCAGCGCCGGCAGGAGGGCGAUGGUGCUGGCGUGAGCCGGGCGGGCUGGCCGGCCGGUCGCGGGGCCAGCGAGGGAGAAGCGGCGUGUGCCAAGUGCUCGCCAUGAGGCUGCAACAGCACGGGGACAACCGCAGGGCUGUGGCGGGGUUGCCGCAGUAAUGGGCAGCGUCGGCAGCGCUGCCUCUCGCCUGCCGUGUGGUGCUAGCGCCCGCCCGGCGGGGACCGGCCGUGAGGAGACCGGGGGCAGUCCUGCAGCAUCCACAUCCUCUGCUGUGUGAGGAAUGCUGAUCCCGUGAGAGAACUUCCUUUCAAUCACCUGCCUGCUACUCUUGCACACUGCUGCUGGCUGGUGAGGAGCCGUUCGGCUGGGCAGAGCUUUCCCGUGGAGAAGGGGGAGGCAGAAUAUGGAUUGUAGAGGACCCAUCGAGUUUCUCCCGCGCUGUUUGUACCGUGUCUGCCUGUCAAUCCGCUCCUGCUGAGCACACGCACUCUCGAGCCGGCUCUGGUAUUCACAGACUUGCUCCUGCAGGGAGAGGACUGCUCUUCCCCAGCAUCAUGGCUUCGGUUUGGAAGAGACUCCAGCGUGUUGGGAAACACGCAUCUAAGUUCCAGUUUGUGGCCUCUUACCAGGAGCUGAUGGUGGAGUGCACCAAGAAAUGGCAGCCAGAUAAACUGGUGGUGGUUUGGACCAGAAGAAGCCGAAGAAAAUCCUCUAAGGCUCACAGCUGGCAGCCUGGAAUCAAGAACCCAUACCGAGGGGUGGUGGUGUGGCCUGUUCCUGAGAACGUGGAGAUCACUGUGACACUCUUCAAGGAUCCCCAUGCUGAAGAGUUUGAAGACAAAGAGUGGACCUUUGUCAUCGAGAACGAAUCUCCUUCUGGCCGCAGGAAAGCGCUGGCCACCAGCAGCAUCAACAUGAAGCAGUAUGCCAGCCCCAUGCCCACCCAGACAGAUGUCAAACUGAGGUUCAAGCCCCUGUCGAAGAAAGUGGUGUCUGCCACCCUGCAGUUCUCUUUGUCCUGCAUUUUCCUGAGGGAAGGAAAAGCAACGGAUGAAGACAUGCAAAGCCUGGCUAGCCUGAUGAGUAUGAAACAAGCUGAUAUUGGAAAUCUGGAUGACUUUGAGGAAGACAAUGAAGAAGAUGAAGAAAACAGAGUGAACCAAGAGGAAAAGGCUGCAAAAAUUACAGAAAUUGUAAACCAGUUGAAUGCUCUGAGCAGCUUAGAUGAAGAUCAAGAUGACUGCAUAAAGCGAGCAAAUAUGCCUUCAGCUAAAUCAGCCAGUUCCUCUGAAGAGCUUAUCAAUAAGCUGAACUUCCUGGAUGAAGAGGAGCAAGACCUGGCCAACUCCAGCAUGAACCCCUUUGGUGAUCCUGAGGCAGCAGAGUUCAAUCCUUUUGGUGACCCUGAUGUGGAAGAAGCAGACACUGAAGUGGCCUCCUCUUCAAAGCCAGAAGAAAGGGUCUGUGGUGACAAUUACAACCCCUUCAAGGAUGAAGAUGCCCCAGAGUACUUGAACCCCUUUGAUGAGCCUGAUCCUGAGCCAGAAGCGUUUGUGACUGCAAGAGAUUCUCCUCCUCAGCCUGCCAAAAGGAAGAAUGUCAGACCGGUGGAUAUGAGCAAAUACCUCUAUGCAGAUACCUCUAAAGCUGAAGAGGAAGAGCUAGAUGAAUCAAAUCCGUUUUAUGAACCCAAACCAAGCCCUGCUUUAAUUAAAGCUGCUCCGCUGCAAGAACCAGAGAGGAAGAUGAAGAGGAAGGCUCCUGACCCACCACAGCUCCUGCCAAAGCCAGAGCCGGGCGUGAGCGAGAGCACAGCGGCGGCUCCUGCGGCGAGGGAGCUCUCUUCUUCUCCUAAGCCAAGCCCAAUACCAAGUCCUGUGCUGGGAAAGAAGCCAAAUGCCAGUCAGUCACUGUUGGUGUGGUGCAAAGAAGUCACCAAAAACUACAGGGGAGUGAAAAUCACCAAUUUUACCACCUCCUGGCGGAACGGUUUAUCCUUUUGUGCAAUAUUGCAUCACUUUAGACCAGACCUGAUUGACUACAAGUCCCUGAAUCCUCAAGAUAUUAAAGAGAACAACAAAAAGGCGUACGAUGGCUUCGCCAGCUUGGGCAUCUCGCGCCUGCUGGAGCCCUCGGACAUGGUGCUGCUGGCCAUCCCCGACAAGCUCACCGUCAUGACCUAUCUCUACCAGAUCAGGGCACACUUCUGUGGCCAGGAGCUGAACGUGGUGCAGAUCGAGGAGAACAGCAGUAAGAGCACCUACAAAGUGGGUAACUACGAGACGGACCCCAACAGCUCUGUGGACCAGGAGAAGUUCUACGCGGAGCUGAGCGAGCUGAAGCGGGAGCCCGAGCUGCAGGCGCCAGACGGUGCCCUGACAGACUUCGCUUCCCAAGACGACUCCGUCUUCGUCAACGACAGCGGCGUCGGGGAGUCCGAGAGCGAGCAUCAGACUCCCGAUGACCACCUGAGCCCCAGCACGGCCUCCCCUUCCUCACGCAGGACUCGAAGCGACACCGACCCGCAGAAGUCCCAGCAGAGCUCGGGAAGGACUUCUGCAUCUGAAGACGCUGGGAAGUGGAGCGGUGCGGAUGCGACGCAAGCGCAGCCGGCGCUGGGAAGGAAGAAGCUGCUGCUAGCUGAUGCUUUAGACUUGAGUGACUUGGCACACGUCAGUGAUCAAAAAGAGGACCUGUCCCCCACGGCUGCUCGGGAGGACAACGACAGGAAGAGACACCAGAGCUCAGACAGCACUGCUGGCUUCUCGGAGCAAGACAAGCUGGGGCGGCUAGGAUCUACUGGCAGCACACGAGCAGAUCUUGGCUCACCUGGCACAAAGCCCAGUUUAUCUCCUACUUCUCAGCUUGGAUACUCCCAGAAGGAUGUGGACCUUGCAAAGAAACCACCUGCUUCUCCGAGGCAGGCAGAUUCUGACUCUGACAGUGAUGCCAGGAUGGCUUUAAAUCACCCGGAUCAGACUGCAAAAGCAGCCCAGCAACGUAUGUUGUCAAGACAGGAAGAACUCAAAGAGAGAGCGAGAGUCCUGCUGGAGCAAGCAAGAAGAGAUGCAGCAUUAAAGGCAGGGAGCAAGCAGCUGAGCAAUGCUAUCAUCCCAGCCCGUGGCAAGCAGCUGAAUGAUCAGCAAGAUGAAGAGCGGCGUCGGCAGCUGAGAGAGAGAGCUCGUCAGCUAAUAGCAGAAGCUCGAUCUGGAGUGAAGAUGUCAGAACUUCCUAGCUACGGGGAAAUGGCUGCAGAAAAGUUGAAAGAAAGGUCAAAGGCAUCUGGAGAUGAGGAUGAGGAUGAGGAUAAUAUUGAGAUAGAUACUAACGAGGAGGCUCCUGAAUGCUCUGUUACUGGAGGUGGAGAUGAGCUUACUAACCUAGAAAAUGACCUUGAUUCCACGGCAGAACAAAACAGUAAGUUGGUGGAUUUGAAGCUGAAGAAGCUCCUAGAAGCUCAGCCACAGGUGGCAAAUUCACUCUCCAGUGCUGCUCAGAAAGCUGUAACUGAUAGCUCAGAACAAGACGUUAAGAAUGGAGCCGAGGAGCAGCGUGCCGAGCGCUUACAAAAAGCAGCGGACCGGUUUCGCAGCCCUGUCGUGUUCGGCAAGGAUUCUGCCGUCAGGAAAACCCAGCUCCAGUCCUUCAGUCAGUACGUGGAGAGCAGACCAGAGAUGAAAAGGCAGAGAUCAAUCCAGGAAGAUACAAAGAGAGGAAAUGAGGAGAAGGCUGCGAUAACUGAGACUCAGAGGAAGCCAUCAGAAGAUGAAGUGCUUAAUAAAGGGUUCAAAGACACCAGUCAGUACGUUGUAGGAGAAUUGGCAGCACUAGAGAAUGAGCAAAAGCAAAUUGACACCCGUGCCGCGCUGGUGGAGAAGCGCCUUCGCUAUCUCAUGGACACAGGCAGGAACACGGAAGAAGAAGAAGCUAUGAUGCAGGAGUGGUUCAUGCUGGUUAACAAGAAGAAUGCCUUAAUAAGACGGAUGAACCAGCUUUCUCUGCUGGAAAAAGAACAUGACCUAGAAAGGCGCUACGAGCUGCUGAACCGGGAGCUGAGAGCCAUGCUGGCUAUCGAAGACUGGCAGAAGACCGAGGCGCAGAAGAGGCGGGAGCAGCUUUUGCUGGACGAACUCGUUAUUCUCGUUAACAAACGGGACGCGCUGGUCAGGGACCUGGACGCCCAGGAGAAGCAGGCCGAAGAAGAGGAUGAGCAUUUGGAGAGGACCCUCGAGCAAAACAAAGGCAAGAUGGCCAAGAAGGAAGAGAAAUGUGUCCUCCAGUGAGCGGCCUUCCCGCGGCGGUGGCAGAAAUCUCUGCGCGGCUCUUUUCUUAAUGUUUUUAAACUGCCGACAUGAGGACUGGGGGGUGGGGGAAGAAAAAUAAACAAAACCAACAACAAGAAAAAAAGAAAGAGGAAAAAAAAAAAAAGACAAAAAGUUUAAAAAAAAAAAAAGGAAGAAAAAUGUAAACUUUUCCUCCCCCUGUUUUUCUUAGCCCAGACCUAGGCUGCACCGGGCCCCGCUCCGCUGGGUUUUUUUUUUGUUUCCAUUCAAGCGAACUCGUGUGUCCCAUGGUUUUCCUUGAUGGGCUCAGCUCUCCUGCUUGAAAGAGUUCGAAAUGGAAUCGCCGAGACUUCGAGGCGAUGCUGGAGAGAGAGAGAGAGAGAGAGAGAGAUGAGCGUCAGGAGCAGAAGAAAUUAAAGUUUGUUCUGGUUUCUGUAGCUGGAGGAGGGCUGAGUUUUGGAAUAAAUACGUUUUUGUCAUAAUAGGAUUAGAGAAGGGGAUAUAGGAAAGAAAGGGGGGGGGGGGGAAGUAAUAAAUAAAAAAAUCAUUGGGAAUGGUUUCAUCUAGUCCUGACAUAUGUAAUACUUCAUCAGCUACCUACAUUUUAUAGUUAGGUCAGAUCCACACACACCCCCCCCGCGUGAUUAUUAAAAAUGUGCGGUGUUUACCCGUGUUUGAUUCCAGCAGGUUGACAUUUCCCCGGGAGCGGAGCCGAGCUCCUCUGCUUUGCUUUGGGGUGGGGGUGGUGCGUUAACCCCCUCCCAGAGUUAAGGCAAAGCCCGGGGGAGCGGCUGCAAAGCCCGCGACAGCCCGGCCACCACCACCCGGGACAACGUGGCGCUUCCCACCCGCGCCCCCCCGCAUCACCCCGCGGGGACGGGCCCGCUCCACGUUAUUUAUUGUGCCCAGGCCGCCUUUUGUUCCACCCCCCCAUCACCCUUCACCCUGCGUCCUGCCCCGUCUGUAUGCCCCCCACGCGUGUCGCGCUGUCGCUUCAUCCCUUCGUGGAGCUCGUCUCGUUUAUUUAUUACAAUACCAAGUCAUAUAAGAUUUUCAAUAAAAGCCGAAUCUUUCUUACCGUA